AUGAGCAGUUUCUGCCGUCCUGCACCUGCCUCCAUUUCUCCAGCCAAUCUGAAAAACAUGAAGCUUGAGACUACAAUGCAGUGUGAAGAUCACAGGCAAUGCUCUCUCCACUUAAGUGUCAAGGGAAACCUGCAACUUGACGAAAAUAUUUAUGGCGUGCAAAUUUGUUAUCUCCUGUUGGUUACUCAAAAAUCUAAGUGUGUGAAUGUGAAGAUUUCCAGGAGUGUACAUGCCCAACCUGAGGGAAACAAGGUGAAAGUGCAGUUCAAUUGCUUUGAAGUCAGCGUGGGACAACAUCUCUAUGUAACCAUGACAACACUUCCAAAUUACUGUGGAGUUAAACAAACUCAAGAAUAUUAUGUUGAAGACUGCAGAAACAAUGAUGUGGGGGAAAAUAUUCCAGAUUGUUUUGUGAGCAAAAUGGUUUAUAAUGUGGACAGAACAAGAAAAACCAUUUCAGUGAAUAUUUCAGAUGUCCAAAACACAGACUAUUACGUCCGUUUAUGCCAUCAAAGAUUUGUAUGUGAAGAUAUGGGGCCUACCACUUUGAUUCAGGGAAAGGACUUGGUGAAAUCCGUUACUUUACAGUACACCCAACUGCUGCCUUGUCUGUGUAUUGAGGCAUGGCCAGCGAUUUUAGAUGCACGAAGAAUGCAGUUGUGCCCAUUUAAGAAUGAUACUAAGACCCUGUGGGAUAAUAUUGUUUAUCAACCUGCCACACAAACACUGGCUUGGGAAGCUGCCUGUCCUGUUCAUGUUACUGUCAGCCUUUGUCAACUGAUGAAGACUAAUGAUCAGUGUGUUAAUCUAGAGAACACUGUCAAUAUUGCCUCAGAGAAA